AUUUCAGGAGAGUGGUAUUCUGUUCUGUUGGCCUCUGACCACAGGGAAAAGAUAGAAGAAAACGGUAGCAUGAGGGUUUUUGUGGAAUACAUUCAUGUCUGGAAGAACUCUUCUCUAUCCUUUAAGUUCCAUACACCUGUAAAUGGAAAAUGUACUGAACUUUUUUUAACAUGUGACCCAACAGAAGACAACCAUGUAUAUACUGUUGAGUAUGAUGGACACAAUGUCUUUAGCAUCCUUGACAUGGUCCCUGAUGACUAUAUUAUUUUCCAUCUCAUAAAUCACAACAAUGGGGAAAGUUUCCAGCUGAUGGAGCUCUACGGCCGAGGACUGGAUGUGAGAUCGGAUAUCAGGGAAAAGUUUGUGCAGUUGUGUCAAGAACGUGGAAUUGUUGAGGAAAACAUACUGGACCUAACCAAAGUCGAUCGCUGCCUCUACGCCAGAGACGGCGGAGCCGCCUAAGCCUUCAGGGCCAAGUGCAUGCGUCCCGGCCUGGGCUCCAGCUUCUUCCCUCCCCCGCGCCCACGCCUCCUGUGUCAAGUGCUGGGGUCUGAUUCCCGUCACUAGGCCUGCGUGCUGCAGCUGAAGGAACAUCCCUGGUUGCCAUCGAUCCACCAGCAAUCAAAGGUCGAGUCGGGAUUUCUGAGUCUGCCACACCCAGGGGAAGCCUACAUGCACAAGCUCUCCCUCUGCACACUCAAUAAAUGAGC